AGCCGAGCCGAGCCGAGCCGAGCGAGGCCGAGCUGUGCCGAGGGGCCCGCGCUCUCAGGCGCCCCGCGAGCUCCGGUGACCCCGCCCCCGCACCACGCACUGACAUCCCACCAACCCCAACCCCUUCGUCUGAUGCAACUCAUUUCCCCCCUUGCUUUCAGCCGUAGGCCAACCACGGGCUAGUCUGGGCGCAUCGUCAUGCCGUCCCGGCCAAUGAGGAAGAGCCACGAUAGUAGAAAUCCGGGCGGGGCCGCAGGGAGCCCAGACGGUCGUGAGUCGUGGCGCCGGGCAGCGUGUGGCCUCCCGUUCUGUCCGCGCCAGCCAUGGCAGCGCUGCCCGGUGCCGCAGCCCCCCGGCUGCUUCUCAUCCCCAGCAAAGCAGCCGACCCCCCCGGCCCCGCGGCAGGCCGGCAUCUUUCCGUUGUCCUGCCGGCAGGAGCCGCCCACAGUCCCCCGGGUCCGGAGGCCCCGCAGCCGGCCCGCAAGCGGCAGCGGCUCACCCAUCUGAGCCCGGAGGAGAAGGCGCUGCGCAGGAAGCUGAAGAACCGUGUGGCGGCCCAGAGCGCCCGGGACAGGAAGAAGGCGCGGAUGACGGAGCUGGAGCAGCAGGUGGUGGAGCUGGAGGAGGAGAACCAGAAGCUGCUGCUGGAAAACCAGCUCCUGCGGGAGAAGACGUGUAACCUUGCUCUGGAGAACCAGGAGCUUCGCUGCCGCCUGGGUUUAGAUGCUCUGAAGACGGAGGAGGAGAGCGAGCCCAAGGUUGUGAAGGAAUCGCAGGUGGAUGAGAUUAGACUGGUGACCGGGUCCGCUGAGUCCGCAGCACUCAGACUACGUGUUUCUGCAGCAGGUGCAGGCCCAGCAGUCACCAUUUCUGAUAACUUUCACAUGGAUUCUGAUGGCAGUGACUCUUCAGACUCAGAGUCUGAUCUCCUCUUGGGCUUUCUGGACAGUCUGGACCCAGAGAUGUUUCUCAAAUACGCUGAUUCAGAGUCAACGUGCCUGGAAAAGCUGGAGGAAGAGAUCUGUGGAGAAACAAAUUCCAUACCAACCUCCCCCUCUCCUUCUUUGGGGUCCUCAUCAGCUAAGCUGGAGGCCAUUAAUGAACUGAUAAGGUUUGAUCAUGUAUACACAAAGCCCCUAAUACUGGAGAUUCCUGUUAAAAUGGGCAACCCAGCCAAUAUGCUAGUGAAAAUCGAGGAAGUAUCUCUCUCUCCAUCUGAAGACAAAGCUAUCCCUGAGGUCCCAGUAUCUGUGAAAGAGGAACCUGUAGACAGCUUCAUGCCUGAACUGGGCAUCUCUCAUCUGCUUCCCUCUCAUCAUAGCCUUGCAGCCUCAAGCUCUCUGUUGGAUGCCUGUAGUGACUCUGGAUAUGAAGGAUCCCUGUCGCCCUUCAGUGACAUGUCCUCUCCACUUGACACUGACCGUGCUUGGGAGGAUAGCUUUGCCAAUGAACUCUUUCCACAACUGAUCAGUGUCUAACUCAGUAGUGUUAACUUCCCUUGGAUAACUAUCCUGGCAGGAUAACAGGAUAUGCCCCUUUAGGGAGUGUGGGAGAAAUCCAGUGUAUUCAUAAAAGUGUUGUUCACUUCUAGCCAUGCUAGCAUAUGGAGUGAUGGAUAAUGCAUUUCUCCUGGUACAAAAAAACCCCUAGGGUAUCCUGGCCUGGCCUCUGCCCCACCCCCAUCAGUGUUGGCUUAUGAGGAAGGAAAGCUUGUUUCUUGGUAACUUGCCAAUUCCACGUGAACCUGAAAAUGUUCAUUUUGUUUUCCAUUUAAAAAUAACUUUAACACCAAAAACUGCAGUGGGGUAUUCAUGUAUAGACAACUGGGUUAAAACUAAAUAGUCUGUACAUCUUACAGAUUUACUAUGUAAAUGCUUGUUUUCCAUUUGCUAUGUAGAGUUGCUUUCUCCAUUUAAUAUUUAACUGUAUUGAUGCAAUUAAAGUGCAAUGCAGCUUAAGAGA